AUGAUUCACGCCCACAGCCUCCGGACGCACACCCGCAGGCCAGCGACCCUACCGCCUUCGGCUCCUGCCGACCGACGGGGCCCCGCGGACCGCGCCCUCAGACAGGAGGCCUGGGAUCCAGAGGGGCAGACGGAGUCCGCCAGGCGGCUGGGGCCGUGGAAGCGGGUGGCAGCGACGGAAUCCAGGCGCGGGGAGGCCAGCGGCGGCGGGCCAGCGGGGAGCAAUAUACGCGGGAGCUCGGCGCACGAAAGGCUCCUCGACGAGCGAGCCGCGUUGGGAAUGCUGAGGCUCUACAUGGGGGACAGGCCAGCCGGAAUCCACCAGCUGGUUCGAGACGGCGCCUAUGAGGCAGUUCAGCAAUCUCUGCAAAAGGGAGGGGGAAAAAAUGUCAGCAAGAGAGACAAGGAGGGAGCAACGCCCCUUCACAUCGCUGCACAAGUUGGCCGGGUUGAGAUGCUCAGGUUGCUGAUGGAAAAAGGGGCCAGUGUGGAAGCAGAGGAUGAG